CGCUUGUAUCCAUUCACGAGCUCGCUGUGACAGAGAGCGCAUCUAGGACUAGAGGACACAGUGUUGCAUUCUCCGGGAUAAAUCACGCAGGGAAAUAAAGCUACGAAGCGUUUUGCAUUCGUUAUUAGUCUACUAGCGAUAUUCGACUGGAUAUCUAGAUUGAUUCGUGCGAAAAUCGACAGCCCGUGAGAAAACAGGUUAUAUAACAGAUGAUAACGUCAGUGGCUGUGGCUCGCGCACUCACUGGCUAGUGUGAGUCAUUGAUAAAUGCACACAGUUGCAUGAAUGGGGUGGAAGUAGAGCGAGUCUGCGCUUGACUCUCGAAGGAAAACCCGAGGAUUUAAAUCAUCUUGACGGUGCAGAAGAAGAGACUUUUUACCCGAGAAUCUCAAAAGCUCCAGGCCCGAGACGUCCACGGCCUCUUGCAGCGCGUCUUCUCCGCAGUUUAAGGUCUCACGGUACCGUAGCCUACCUUAUUUCACUAAUGCUCGAUAAGUUCAAACCCGUGCAGUUCGAUUCGGUCAUGGCUAUAAGCAAGACGGUAGAGUGGCUAAAAGAGCAGCUGGAGACGCGCAGGGACUGUUUGCUCGUAAUGGACUGUCGAGCGCAAGAGCUCUACGAAUCGUCGCACGUCGAAACGGCCAUUAACGUGGCCAUCCCGAGCCUCAUGCUCCGGAGACUCAAGAAGGGCAACCUGCCUAUCAAGUCCCUGCUCUCUAACGGAGAAGACAGGGAGAUGUUUGCGCGGAGGUGCAAGACGGACACUAUCGUGUUGUACGACGAGUACAGCCGAGAGUGGAAUGAAAACAUCGACGGCGGGUCCGUGCUGGGUUUACUGCUGAGGAGAAUGAAGGACGAGGGCUACAAAGCUUUCUAUCUGGAAGGUGGCUUCAGCAAAUUCCAAGCUGAUUUUCCCACAUUGUGCGAGACGAACCUCGACGGUUCCUCCAGUAGCAGUUCACCGACCUCCCAGGUCCUGGGUCUUGGAGGUCUUCGGAUCAGCUCUGACUCCUCAGACAUCGAGUCAGACAUCGACCGAGACCCAAGCAGCGCUACUGACUCAGAUGGCAGCCCUCUGUCAAACCCCCAGCCCUCAUUCCCAGUGGAGAUCCUGCCGCAUCUGUAUCUGGGCUGUGCGAAGGACUCCACGAACCUGGAUAUCCUUGAGGAGUUUGGCAUCAAGUACAUCUUGAACGUGACCCCUAAUCUCCCCAACAUGUUCGAGAACGCCGGGGAGUUUAAGUACAAGCAGAUUCCCAUCUCCGAUCACUGGAGCCAGAAUCUCUCACAGUUCUUCCCAGAAGCAAUCAGCUUUAUUGAUGAGGCCCGCGGACAGAAGUGCGGAGUGCUCGUUCAUUGCCUCGCCGGCAUCAGCCGUUCCGUAACUGUGACGGUGGCGUACCUCAUGCAGAAGCUCAACCUGUCCAUGAACGACGCGUACGACAUUGUCAAGAUGAAGAAGUCUAACAUCUCACCCAACUUCAACUUCAUGGGCCAGCUCUUGGACUUUGAGCGCACGCUGGGCCUCAAGAGCCCAUGCGACAACCGUGUGGCGGCCCCGACCCAACCAUUGUACUUCACCACGCCAACCAAUCACAACGUUUUCCAGUUGGACCCUCUUGAGUCCACGUGAGGACCCUCUUUUUUUUUUCUCAAAUCGAGCGAAACACAAGUUUCAUUUUUUCGACACUUGUCGAGGGAUUCCUGACGUUAUUGAUGUUGGCUUGAGACGACGGCCGACCAGAGUAGCCACUGAUGGGGCAUGCGGUGUGCCCAGAGCUUCUACGCUGCUGUUAAAUGGAGAGAGAUCAUGUGACUCUGUACCUCCAAGACUCUAUAAAGUAGUUUGUUUCAUAUAUAUACGUAUACAUACAUAUUCAAGCAUGGAAAGACCGUCCGAUGUUUUUGGGGCUGGUGUGCCAAAGAGACUUGACUGGAACUGAACAAUGACAAAUUUUGUUUAGCGCUUGCACCUUGACAUUUUCUUGGUGUGCUCUUCUUGUCUUCAAUGAAGACUUGCCUGUUUUCGGGAUGAGACUUCCCUUCGGUAAUGAUGGCAGAGUGUACUGUACUCCAACUUAUUUGUGUGGAGAAAUUUUUAAAAAACAUUUAUACAUGUGUAUAUUAAGAUGUCGGUAAGCCUUGCCGUAGUUAGAAUACACCUGUUUUAAAGGAACGGCUGUAGAUUUUUCUUCUUCUUUUCGUCCUCAUAUGUUAAAAAAACGGAAUAUCGAUCAAUAUUAUCUUUAUCCGAGAGUUAAAUGCCAAAAAUUUUAACAGGUUUUUGCAAGAUCAUCAAUGUGUAUAUGUAUAAUAUAUUUAUAGUUUUGCUUUACGGAUCGAUUCCGCCUUUCUCAGCCUUUUAACCACCAUCACGGAUCAAAGUCGUCAUUCUCUUGCCUUAGUUCUGUACAUACGUAAGUGUUAUUGUGCAGUAAACUUUUAGAGCAGUUCCCCAUAUGCUUCUUUUCACAUUUUUUUAGCAAACCUGGCCAUACCAACUUGCACGUUCAGAGGGGUGGUCCAAACUUGUACGUGUACGAGGCAUUCCUCGAAUGCUAUGCGGCGGGGUUUCAGAUGCAUGCUCAUUUAGGACCCUUUAUACUACUCGCUUUUUGUAAUCUUUCUGGGGACAAUGGAAGGGUCGAAGCAAGUAAUGCAGAUUUUUUUUUUUUGUGCGCAAGGGUUUAAGGUCUGUGUUGACAAAGCUGGGAGAGUGUUUUUUGUCUCCUGUUCAGGGAAGUUCUGUGACAUGCAGUUUUUUUGUGAGAAAAGUGAUGGUUUUUAAGAGUGUUUUGCUGUCCCUCAAAGAGAAGGCCUGAUUGGGGGGAGGGGCUGUUUUACAAAAACCAAUACAACCCGACCCCCUGUGUUACGAAUGUAAAGAAAUAAGUUAUUAAUAAAUUGCUAUUUUGUUUAUUCAAAUAUA